ACGCGCACUAACCACAUCAUGUUAGUUGGUACGCAGGCGCACUGAGGCGAUGAAUGGCAAGAUGGAGAUUGUGUCGGGAAAACAAACUCAGAAAAGUGUGAAAAUUGCAGCUGGAGCUGUUGUCUGUGUUGAAAGUGAAAUCAAGGGAGAUGUAACUAUUGGACCAAGGACUGUAGUGCACCCCAAGGCUCGUAUUAUUGCAGAAGCAGGACCAAUCAUUAUAGGUGAAGGGAACUUGAUUGAAGAACAAGCUCUUAUUACAAACAGCUAUCCAGAAAAUCUUGUGCCUCAGAAGGAAGAUAUUGAACCUAAAGUUAUGACAAUUGGAACAAACAAUGUUUUUGAAGUUGGAUGUCAUUUUGAAGCUUUGAAGAUUGGAGAUAACAAUGUAAUAGAAUCUAAAGCAUUUAUAGGUAGAAAUGUGAUCCUAACCAAUGGCUGUAUUAUUGGAGCAUGUUGUCAAGUAAACUCCUGUGAAGUUAUUCCUGAGAACACAGUUAUCUAUGGAGUAGACUGUAUGCGAAGAGUGCAGUCAGAACGGCCACAGCCACAAACUCUACAGCUAGACUUCCUGAUGAAAAUUUUGCCUAAUUAUCAUCACUUGAAGAAAACCAUGAAAGGAAGUACAACUCCAGUAAAAAGCUGAAUGGAACUAGAUUCUGGUUCUGUGGUGGAAUUGAUGCAUUUAUUUGGUUAUAAGCAUAGUCACUUUAAAACAGUAACCUGUACUAUGAUAAAUUAUUCACUGCAUUAAAGUAAUACAUCCUCUGCAAUAAAAUGAAAAUAGGUUAAUAAUUGCUCAGUAAUUUUGAAUUUCAUCAAUUACCUUCUAGACUUCAAAGUUAAUCUCAAUUUUAAAACACAAUUGUGUUGAUGGCUUAUCAUACUGACUAUCUUAAUUAUGAAUAAAGGAUUGGUUUUAAUGUCAAAA